AUGUUCACCACCGAGACCACCACAGAGACCACGACUGACACGGAGACCACCACCAGCGAAACCACCACCGUGGAGACAACCCUGAGGACAACUCUCCCUCCUGUGACCACUGCUCCAAACUUCAUCUCCAAAAACACAGCUGGCAACGGGACCCAAACUUCUGUCUCCUCCCACACCCCAGGCAACACCUCAGCAAACAGCACCGUGGCACCUGCCCCUGGCAUCACUGCCAGCUCCAACACCACCACGAACAGCAGCUCCCUGCCUCCUGCUGGCACCUCCAGCCCCAACACCAACGGGAACGGCAGUGCUCGGGUCGUGCCCACAGAGCAGACUUCUGGCAGCACAGCCCCCAGGCUGACCCCCACGGCUGUGCUGGACAACAGCCAAGGUCCUAACCCCAGCAAAGCUGCAGUCCUGCCUCCCACCGCUGGCCAGCUGCUGCUCCGUGUCCCUCUGUCCUUCCGCAUCCUCAACAGGAGCUUCAACGAGAGCCUGAGGGACCCCACGUCCAAGGAGUACCAGAGCCUGCAGUACUCCGUCUUGAGCAUGUUUGAACGUGUCUUUGGCUGUGUGGGCUGCAUGGGCAGGCAGACCUACAAGGGCUGCAGUGAGCUCCAGUUCAGCCAGGGCUCGGUGCUGGUGCAAUCCACCCUCGUGUUCGGGCACGGCAAUGGCACCGCCUCCAGCAGUGCUGCUGAGCAGCAGCUGAGGAGCAGCCUGGACCCCAACGGCUUCAUCAUGGACCUGCAGCUGGCUGAUAUCCAGAGUGCUGUGGAGGUGAUGUCCCCAGCACCAGUGCCUGUGGUCCCAGACUGGGCUAUUGCUCUGCUGGUCCUGACCACCUGCACCUGCCGCCGGAAGAGCCGAGGGAAGCUGGACCUGUCCAACAAGAAGGACUCCUACCACCCCAUGGCUGAGUACCCCCCGUACCAGAGCCACGGGCGCUAUGCACCCCCCAACAGCAAGCCCAGUCCCUACAGCCAGGUGGCCAGCAGCAACGGGGCAGGGACUGGCACCUUCACCUACACCAACCCUGCUGCUGGCUCUGACAACCUCUGA